CUACAAAAUGUACCAUCGGGUUACUAUAGUUGAACUGUGGUAUUUGUUUAAAAACCAUAUUAACUACAAAAUGUACCAUCGAGUUACUAUAGUUGAACUGUGGUAUUUGUUUAAAAACCAUAUUAUCUACAAAAUGUACCAUCGAGUUACUAUAGUUGAACUGUGGUAUUUGUUUGAAAACCAUAUUAACUACAAAAUGUACCAUCGAGUUACUAUAGUUGAACUGUGGUAUUUGUUUGAAAACCAUAUUAUCUACAAAAUGUACCAUCGAGUUACUAUAGUUGAACUGUGGUAUUUGUUUGAAAACCAUAUUAUCUACAAAAUGUACCAUCGAAUUACUAUAGUUGAACUGUGGUAUUUGUUUGAAAACCAUAUUAACUACAAAAUGUACCAUCGAGUUACUAUAGUUGAACUGUGGUAUUUGUUUGAAAACCAUAUUAACUACAAAAUGUACCAUCGAGUUACUAUAGUUGAACUGUGGUAUUUGUUUGAAAACCAUAUUAACUACAAAAUGUACCAUCGAGUUACUAUAGUUGAACUGUGGUAUUUGUUUAAAAACCAUAUUAUCUACAAAAUGUACCAUCGAGUUACUAUAGUUGAACUGUGGUAUUUGUUUGAAAACCAUAUUAUCUACAAAAUGUACCAUCGAGUUACUAUAGUUGAACUGUGGUAUUUGUUUGAAAACCAUAUUAUCUACAAAAUGUACCAUCGAGUUACUAUAGUUGAACUGUGGUAUUUGUUUGAAAACCAUAUUAUCUACAAAAUGUACCAUCGAAUUACUAUAGUUGAACUGUGGUAUUUGUUUGAAAACCAUAUUAACUACAAAAUGUACCAUCGAGUUACUAUAGUUGAACUGUGGUAUUUGUUUGAAAACCAUAUUAACUACAAAAUGUACCAUCGAAUUACUAUAGUUGAACUAUGGUAUUUGUUUGAAAACCAUAUUAACUACAAAAUGUACCAUCGAAUUACUAUAGUUGAACUAUGGUAUUUGUUUGAAAACCAUAUUAACUACAAAAUGUACCAUCGAGUUACUAUAGUUGAACUAUGGUAUUUGUUUGAAAACCAUAUUAACUACAAAAUGUACCAUCGGGUUACUAUAGUUGAACUAUGGUAUUUGUUUAAAAACCAUAUUAACUACAAAAUGUACCAUCGGGUUACUAUAGUUGAACUAUGGUAUUUGUUUAAAAACCAUAUUAACUACAAAAUGUACCAUCGGGUUACUAUAGUUGAACUAUGGUAUUUGUUUGAAAACGAUAUUAACUACAAAAUGUACCAUCGAGUUACUAUAGUUGAACUGUGGUAUUUGUUUGAAAACCAUAUUAACUACAAAAUGUACCAUCGAGUUACUAUAGUUGAACUGUGGUAUUUGUUUGAAAACCAUAUUAACUACAAAAUGUACCAUCGAGUUACUAUAGUUGAACUAUGGUAUUUGUUUGAAAACGAUAUUAACUACAAAAUGUACCAUCGGGUUACUAUAGUUGAACUAUGAUAUUUGUUUAAAAACCAUAUUAACUACAAAAUGUACCAUCGAGUUACUAUAGUUGAACUAUGGUAUUUGUUUGAAAACCAUAGUAACUACAAAAUGUACCAUCGAGUUACUAUAGUUGAACUAUGGUAUUUGUUUGAAAACCAUAGUAACUACAAAAUGUACCAUCGGUUUACUAUAGUUGAACUAUGGUAUUUGUUUAAAAACCAUAUUAACUACAAAAUGUACCAUCGAGUUACUAUAGUUGAACUAUGGUAUUUGUUUAAAAACCAUAUUAACUACAAAAUGUACCAUCGAGUUACUAUAGUUGAACUAUGGUAUUUGUUUAAAAACCAUAUUAACUACAAAAUGUACCAUCGGGUUACUAUAGUUGAACUAUGGUAUUUGUUUGAAAACCAUAUUAACUACAAAAUGUACCAUCGAAUUACUAUAGUUGAACUAUGGUAUUUGUUUGAAAACCAUAUUAACUACAAAAUGUACCAUCGAGUUACUAUAGUUGAACUAUGGUAUUUGUUUGAAAACCAUAUUAACUACAAAAUGUACCAUCGGGUUACUAUAGUUGAACUAUGGUAUUUGUUUGAAAACUAUAUUAACUACAAAAUGUACCAUCGGGUUACUAUAGUUGAACUAUGGUAUUUGUUUGAAAACCAUAUUAACUACAAAAUGUACCAUCGGGUUACUAUAGUUGAACUAUGGUAAUUGUUUGAAAACCAUAUUAACUACAAAAUGUACCAUCGGGUUACUAUAGUUGAACUAUGGUAAUUGUUUGAAAACCAUAUUAACUACAAAAUGUACCAUCGGGUUACUAUAGUUGAACUAUGGUAUUUGUUUGAAAACUAUAUUAACUACAAAAUGUACCAUCGAGUUACUAUAGUUGAACUAUGGUAUUUGUUUGAAAACUAUAUUAACUACAAAAUGUACCAUCGAGUUACUAUAGUUGAACUAUGGUAUUUGUUUGAAAACCAUAUUAACUACAAAAUGUACCAUCGAGUUACUAUAGUUGAACUAUGGUAUUUGUUUGAAAACCAUAUUAACUACAAAAUGUACCAUCGGGUUACUAUAGUUGAACUAUGGUAUUUGUUUGAAAACUAUAUUAACUACAAAAUGUACCAUCGAGUUACUAUACCAUGGCCUGCAUUUUGUCACGUUUACCACAACUUUCAUUUCUACACCACUGCCUUAGACUUUCUUAAAAACGUUUUAUUUUGUUUUAUAGUAAACUCAGCCUCAUGACAGCAGAUGAAAUAUGAAGCCAUGUGAUGUAUGGAAAAGUUGUCUGGGGGUUUUUAUGUUCAAGAAAUGUAUAAGGGUGCCGUUUUGUCCGAGAAAGAUGAGAGGGUCAGUCGUUUUUGCGAAACAUUUUGUUCACAUGAACUAAUUGAGGUUUUUCCUCAAUAGUAUUUUUGUGUUUUAUUUAGGAUUACUAUUUGUCAUUAGAAUAAAUAGUGUAUCAGUUGCUGUGUUUAUAGGUCAGAAGGUGAACUGUAGUGUUUGAGUGGAUUUAAAGUACAGCUUUUGAUUAAAUAAACCUUCUGUGUACAGCAUAUUUCACCACAUUUUCAUUCUCUUCAGAACAAUCCAGAUUUGUCCUUAUUCGUUUGUUUAGAGUUUAUUGAAGCUGAUGCCAUUUUUUGAAUGUUUAAAUACUUUUUCCUAUCCAUUAUUAUUAUGCAGAGACAACUAAAAGCCAUUUGUAGUGUUGAUUUCCCCAAAAGGGGUUGAAAACCAUUACAAAAAUUAAACAUAGUAUUGCUGUAGUAAUAUUGUAGUAACCAAUGUUUGAGGAAGCUAAUUAAACUGUAGCCUAAGUUGUGAGUAGCUUUGAAGCUAGUCAAGUUGCUCUUUUAAAAAAAGUAGUUACUGUAGCUACACUACAAGUUACUAAUGAAAAGGUAACUCACUAACUUCGUGUGGAGUUAAAGUUUGCUUAUUUUGGCAGGGACUUCUUUGUGGGGAGUGCUUCAUACACAGCUACACUGAAUAGUCACAAUGGACAAGGACAUCAUUUUGCCGGUGUUUUUUUUUUUUUUACUUACGUCUCAGCAUUAAUGUGCAGCAUUAAAUAGAGGCUGGUUGACAAUUCUAUUUUUGCUGGAUUGCACGCGCUCGACAUCCGUCCAUGCCUUCAUCAGCAGCAGAAUCUUGCAGUGUAAAGGUAUGCAAGACGUGCCUUAUUUCUGAAUAUAAAUGAGAAAACACCCUAUUUGUUUAACUAAACCGCAGCAAUGAACUAAACAUUUUGCUUAAAAAACGAAGGCAAAGACCCUUUAAGAGGGGCUCAAGUGAAUCAUUUAUGUGAACUAGUUAAUUCACAUUAACCAUUCGAAUGAACCCAUUCACUAAAAUGGAUAAGAGAUCCCAACGUUAAAUACAAACCCAAUUCUGACAAAGUUGGGCGACAGCAUGAAAAAUGCUAAUAAAAACAAAAGAGUGAUUUGUAAAUGAUAUUCACCCUGCUAUAUUACUAUAUUGAAAACACUGCAACUAACAUUAUAUUAUGUUUUAUAUUGUGAAUUUCAAAUCAGAUGAUUGCAACACACUCCAUAAAAGUUGAGAUGGGCAAUUUUAGACUAAUAACAAUUUGACAAGUUAAAAUAAGGCGAUGUGAAACAGGUGAGGCAGUCGUGUCAUCGUAUAUAAGGAGCCUCCAAAAACAGCCUAGUCCUUCAAGAGCCAGGAUCAUUCGAGACUUGUCAAUUCGCCAACAGACGCUUCAGCAAAUAAUCCAGCACUUUAAGAAAAAUGUUCCCCAAAGACAAAUUGGAAGGAUUUGGGGUAUUUCACCCUCUACAGUGCACAAAAUAGUUAAAAGAUUCAAGGAAUCGGGUCAAAUCUCCUUGUGUAAAGGUCAAGACGAAAACCACGUCUGAAUGCUUGUGAUCUCUGAUCCCUCAGAUGUCACGGUCUUAAAAAACGUAAUUUAUCUGUAAUGUAUAUCAUGAGCAUGGUCCUGAGAUAACUUCAGUAAACCUUUGUUAGUCAAUCCACAGAUGCAAGUUAAGACUUUACUAUGUAAAGGAGAAGCCGUACAUCAACACUGUCCAGAAGCGCUGACGGGUUCUCAGGGCUCUGUCUCAUUUUAGAUGGAAAGUAGAACAGUGGAACUGUGUUUUGGUCCACUGAUUCCACAUUUCAAAUAGUUUUUGAAAAACACAGCCAUCAUGUUCUCUGGGCCAAUGAGGAAAAGGACCAUUAAAGCUGUUAUUAGCGUCAGGUCCAAAUGUCAUUUGUCUUUAUGGCCCAGUGGGGUAACUCGCUCAUCUGUGAGGGCACCAUUAAUGCAGACAGAUAUAGACAAAUUUUGGAGCAGCAUAUACUGCCAUCCAGCACUGUCGUUUCCCUGCAUUUUCCAGCAGGACAAAUUCAAACCACACACUGGUCGAAUAACAGAGAGUGUGGGUGCUAGAUUGGCCUGCCUUCAGUCUCCAAUUGAGAAUGUGUGGAGCAUUAUGAAGCGCUCAAAACAGCAAAGAAGACCCUAUACAAUUGUGCUGCUAAAGACCAACAUAUUGGAUGAAUGGGGGGAAAUUCCACUUUCUAAACUUAACAAACUUCUCUUCAGUGCCUAAAUGCUUUAUAAGUGUUAUUAGAAGAAAUGGUGAUGUUUCACAGUGGUAAACACCCGACUGUCACAACUUUUGUUGAGUGUGUUGCAAUCA